GAGGUCUGGCAAUGGGCUGGGACUAAUUCUUCUCAUUUCAGAUCAUGGUCACUGUCCGACAUUUGCUUUAAGCCGGCUCCACCGGAACUGGAUGGCCUUGCAGCUGAGAUGUCUGAUGUCAUCGAACGGAUAGUUCCUUGUAUAUGGAUAACACCGAUUGAUUGUUUCUGGGAAGGUGCGAAAGCACUCGGACCUCAUCCACCAAUCGAAACUAAAGAUCUUGCGCUUUUGGCCUGGUUGAAGUCAAUUCCAAAUCGGAAGCAUAUCCACUGGACUGAUUUCGAUCCCAUGGCUGUCAUUAAUGAGAUUCAUGAUAUGCUGAAUCUGGGUUCUCAUCAUACAUUUUUUGAGCGAGUCGGGGUUGGACAUGGUUACCUCGACAGGCCUUGUAUGAACCCACUGGAUCCGGAGUGUCCAAAAAUGUCUCCGAAUUACUACGACGUUUGUCCGAUGUUGGAUCGUUUUCGUGACUAUGCAGAUAAAAAUAACAUCACGUUGGAGGCAGACGACUUCUCCCAUGACGUUUAUGAAUUCGAUCUUCUCUCCAUAUUCAACAUGGGCAGCAAACGAAGAAAGAAGAGAGACACGGAAACGUUAGCUUCGCAUGGAGUAAAUGAUACUGAGAACGUGGAUGCUUCACCAGCAACGAGCAAACCAGAUUCGGGCACUUCUGAUCAAGCAGCUGAAUCUGUUGCGAAAGAGGAAGCACAACGCAGUGAGAAGUCCGCGAAAGCAGCCGCUGAAGAAUGUAAAGUCUAUCGUGGUCCGAUGAUGCGGUGGAUGUUUGACAAUCCCGGCAAGUGGUCUGAAUUCCUUGCCUUGUCGGAAUAUCCUCGUUUCCCCGAUUACGCUCAAGUGAUGUCGGGUGGGUGUCCUGGAUUCGCAGCAGGUGUUCUGCAUUGGCCCGAAGACAUGAUCCUCGGUGGAGUGAAACGAUCAGCAAAGGGAGCGGCCAUGGAGUCGGCUGACGCCUUGCAAAGUGUGUUCUUGGUAGCCAGUCCAAAUGACGUCUACCUCAGAUAUAAGCAAAAAGGAAAUCGUCCUCUCGCAAAACCUGAGCUGGAUCAGUCCAUAUGGAGUGAAAAGUUCGCCGAAGAAGUAAUCCAGCAAUGGCAGCGUAACUUCACCCGAAUGCUGUACAAACAUCGCGCCAACUUUGAUGAAGAGGGCUUCGAGCGCCGUACAAUACAUCCAUUAGCAUCAACAUCGAUUGCUGAUAUGUUGGAGGAGUUCUGCCAGUUCAAUUACAAGAUCAUAUUCGUUGGAUAUGGUUUGAUGCUGGUAUAUGCGGUUUUUACGCAAAUGAAACGCGAUGGAUGCCUUCCCUCAUCUCAGUCUUGCAUGGGCCUUGCGUUAGCUGGCGUUUUGACGGUGACAUACGCUUCGAUUUCUGGACUUGGGCUCGCUACUUGGUUUGGAAUCGAAUUCAAUGCAGCUACCACCCAGAUUGUGCCCUUCCUCACCCUUGGUAUCGGUGUCGACAACAUGUUCAUGUUACUGCAUAAUUACCACGAUGUAAUGUCACUGACAAAUCAGCAUGAAAUAGGAAUUCUCAUGCGAGAAACUGGAAUGUCGAUAUUGUGCACAUCAAUUAAUAAUAUUCUCUCCUUCCUUGCAGGAACCAUGCUGCCGAUUCCAGCACUGCGUUCGUUUUGUGCUCAGAGCUCCAUUCUGCUCACGUUCAACUUUAUCGCCAUUCUUACGUUGUACCCUGCCAUCAUUUCGAUCGACUUAAGACGUCGAAAAGCUGGCAUGCGUGAUGUGUUCUGUUGCCUUAGAGGGGAACCCCGGCAAGAGGCCUACUCGAUGAUUACUAAGCCACACUUCCAGGAGAAACGCACAAUCGGUGAACCGAUUCCACGAAUCAUCUCAUACAAAGAUGUGGAGAAGGCUGAGCCCCCGGGAACUUUUAUCAUUAUCUUUCGGAACUUUAGUAUUGCGUUUGGGCGUCGCUUUUAUGUUGGUCUCGCAUUGUGUGCAUCAUCCAAGUUUGUGAUAAAAACAAAGUCGGGUGAGCCGUCGGAGAAAUACUGGCUAGGAAUGAUGCGAGAUUGGUUGGCCAGCAUACAGAAAGCAUAUGACGAUGAAAUGGCGCGGGGGAAGGGGGUUCAUUUUUUCUCUUUUAUUCUAUUUGGUGCGAGCUAUUCGUUCAAUUUGACCGAUGGUGAACUGAAAGGUAACGUCAGUGAAGAUGCUCAAAUUGCGCACCGUCUUAUUUGUAGUGUUGGUCAUAAGUAUCAGUGCGAAGGAAGGGUUGGUAAAGUCCGGUUGGUUGAUGGUACACAAACGAUCAACAAUGAUGGUUUCUACAAUUAUUUAACAGCAUGGUACAAUCAGGACAACAUGAUGUAUUACGUGUCCCAAGCGUCUUUCUACCCGACUCCACCCAAGUGGUCGAUAACCGACAAGAAAGCGCCACUGCUAGUCCCGCCAGCUGAACCGUUGGCCUACUCACAAAUACCUUUCUACUUGACCGGACUCACUGAUACGCCAGUUAUCAUUGAAAUGAUAAAAGAGAUCAGAGCCACAUGCGAUCGUUUCGUCGAGGAAGGGCUUCCUAAUUUCCCUCAAGGCAUCGCGUUUACGUUUUGGGAGCAGUACCUUCAUCUUAAUGGCAAUCUUUUGACGGCUAUCGGUAUCAUAGCAUUUGCUGUAUUCGUUGUCAUUUCGAUUCUCUUGUUCAAUCCGUGGGCAGCGCUCAAUAUCUUGAUAAUUCUUGUUGUGAUGACGGUCGAGCUGGCUGGCUUUAUGGGUUGGGCUGGAGUGAAGAUGAAUCCUGUAUCGGCGGUGACUUUGAUUACGGCUGUUGGGAUCGGUGUUGAAUUCACUGCUCACGUUGUUUUGGCGUAUUUGACGUCUCUUGGAACAAGAUCUGAACGUACGUCAAGUGCUAUCGAUCGUGUUUUCGUUCCUGUGAUUCAUGGUGCAUUGUCGACGUUACUGGGAAUUCUCAUGCUUGGAUUCUCCGAAUUCGAGUUUGUCGUCAAAUAUUUCUUUGUGGUCAUGUCAGCGUUGAUAGUGAUAGGAGUGAUCAAUGGUUUGAUACUGCUGCCAGUAUUACUCUCAAUAAUGGGAGCCCCACAAGAGAUAUUUUCUGUGGAUGGUAAAGCACGUUUGAAUCUACCACCACCAAUUCGUCGCCGUGAGACCGAAAUCGAAGAGGACGACGAGGGACUGAUGAUGGUGUCACGGGGUGGACGAGCAUUCCGUAACAUUGCAAUCUAG